AUGGCCACAGCGGCUCUUCUGAACUUAGCACCAUCUCACCUCUGCUUCCCUUCAAGCACAGCAGCCGCUUUCUUGUGGACAAACACCCCUGACAUGCACGUCACCAGGCCAAAAUCUGCCAAGGGGCGCACGAGGCCGAGCUUCAAUUACUCUCAGAGCGUGGAAGCCUGUUCUUGCCGAGUGCUGCCUUCCCCGCUGCCAGCAGCUCCCCACCAAUUAGUGAACAGCCGGAGAGCAUCGUCCACAAAACCGGCAUUCCCAUCUGGCCAGGUGUCUCCUGAGGAAAUCCCAGAGCUCCUGCAGCAAGUGCCUUUGAGGACCUCCUCUUCCCUGAACAAGUACAGGGUGCUCCCCUCCAUCGGCUGGAAAGGCGUAGGGAGCGGCGCUGUGGAAGCUGUAGCUGAACAGACCGACCGGCUGAACGUGAGCGGGGAGCGGGAGGACAAUUCGAAAAUCAAAACUCUUACUGGAAAACAAGGAUCUGACAGUGCAUUGUCAGAAACUGAUGUCCCUGAUGAAGAAGGCUCAUGCACGCAGCGUCCUCUUGAGAAGCCAGGAAGGAAGAUGAGACAAGAGAGCCCUUCGACAUUGAUUUUAAGUGUGGAAGAGCCACCGAAAGAAGAGUCACAAUUGCUGCUUGCUAUUCGAUCUCCCUCUGGUCUGAGAUUUGAACAUCAUUUCAAGCCCACCGACACUCUCCAGACCGUCCUUGCUGUGGCGGAACAGAAAAUGUCGGCCAAAUACAAAUGCUGCAGCGUCGAGACGAUGGAGGUGCCCCGAAGGAGUUUCUCUGACCUUACGAGGUCCCUCCACGAAUGUGGGAUUCGCCACAAGUCUCUGCUGUGCAUCCGACAGAAAGAUCAGCACGACGCAGAUCUGUAG